UUUCGACGGUCCCGCCUCUUUAAUAAUCACAUAAAUAUAUUGUUUUUUUCAUGUCCCAAUCGUUUCAAAUAUGCUCUGAAGCAGCCAUGUACAUUGAGGAUUUGAGUUAGGUGGAAAUCUACCUUAGGGUGCGUGCAGAGUGGCCGCUUGUUGCCGAGCCGAGCCGACUGACGCUUAUUGCAAGAACUUGUUCAUGCGAGAAACAAGUUUGAGUGUGCAUAGUGGAUGCGAGAAUCAGCGCUGAUAUUUUAUCUAUUAUUUGUGUUUUAUGUAUGUUUGUAUGCAUUUGGGUUUGUUGUUCAUUCGUGUUUGUGAAAUUGAAGUGAAAAGAUAUGGAUUCGUCAGAUGAUGAGUAUUUAGCUUCGGCUACUGUUUUAAAGUAUUUUAUCAACAAAAAAUCAUUUGGAAAACAUCCAAUAAAUGAUAAACGAAGUGAAUUUGGAGAAUUUCAUCACUUAUAUAGUGAUUUAAGAAAAUAUCCUGCCAAGUUUAAAGAAUAUACUCGAAUGAGUAUUGAAACUUUCGACUAUAUUCUCGAAAAGAUUGGUGAUAAAUUAAAAAAGAAGUGGAGUAAUUUUAUUAAAGUACCAAUAUGUCCAUGUGAACGCUUGAUAGUAACUCUCAGAUUUCUGGCAACUAAAGCAUCAUUUGCCUCACUAUAUAUGCCGCAGCCAAACGAACAAUGUUUUCAAGAAAUUGCAGAGCAAUACUGGAAGCUAUGGAACUUCCCAAAUUGUAUUGGUGCUAUCGACGGGAAGCACAUACGAAUCAAGUGUCCAGGAAAUACUGGCUCCAUGUAUUAUAAUUAUAAACACUUUUUUUCUAUUGUAUUGCAAGGUAUUGCCGAUGCCAACUGCAAAUUUAUUGCGGUUGAAGUUGGUGGAUACGGAAAGCAAAGUGAUGGUGGCACUUUUAGCUCUUCCGAAAUCUUUAAUCUUUUAAAAAGUGGAGAACUACCUGUACCAGGAAAUACAUGUCUGCCAAACAGUGAAGAAAUUGUGCCAUAUGUAUUUCUUGGGGAUGAGGCUUAUCCCCUUUUAGAAUGUUUGUUAAGGCCGUAUAGCCGAAAGGAGACAACGGAAGACCAUGAAUAUUUUAAUGCCCGGCUUUCAAGAGCUAGAAAGUGCAUUGAAUGCGCCUUUGGGUUAUUAAGUGCAAGGUUCAGAAUAUUAUGGAAACCCAUUGAAACGGAUCCUUUGUUCGCUGAACUCCUUGUAAAAUGUAUAUGCCUUCUACACAACAUAAUUAUUGAUUUAGAGGGAUUAGAUGAAAAUUUAAAAGAAGAAGUGCAAAAAGAAAAUUUGGAAAAAAUCAUAAAAGAAUUCAAUAAAACAAGUGUCAAAAAUGGUAGAUUAAUAAGAGAUAAAUUUUGUAAUUUCGUAUGCAUGAAUAAAAUAUAACAAAUUUCAAUGUAACUUACUUGGUAUUUUCAUUUCUGAAGCAACGGACAUCCAUAGCUUUUCCACUAAAACACGGUUAUGAUAACAUUUAUUUUUCUGAUCCCACAAAGCCGGCCGAGAAAAAACUUCACUUAU